AUGCCUGGAGAAUAUUUAUACAAAGUCGAAUACGCAGUCGAUGACUAUGAAUUGUGGAUUUAUCCAGAAGAUUUACAAGACCAAGAACCAGAAUCACUUCCAACGAUUCUACGUUUCCGCAUGCAACCAUCAAUAUGUCUUGAAAUAACUGACGAAGAAUAUGAAGAUCAAGUUAAUUGCGACACUAAGAAUUUCAAACAUGUCGUUUUCACUUUAGGUUAUUGUGAGAUGAAGAAAGAUGAUCCAGGUGAACUUUUAGCUUGUAAAUUAAAAUGCAAAGGCAACGAGAUAGAAGUUGGAAGCUACAAAAUUUGUGGAUUAAAGCAGAAAUUCUUAGAGCUCAAAGAGAAGUUUGAAGUUCAGAAGAUUAAAAAUGAACUUUGUGGCAAAACAAGUCCAUGUGAUAGCCAACCAUGUUCAGAUGUCAUUCAAGAAGUAGCAGAAUUAAAGAAUGAAAAAUGUCAGAGUGUUGGUAGAAUUAAUUACACAUUAAACUUGACUUGCUACGGUCUUACAAUAAAUUCAGAAACAGAAAAUAGAAAAGAAAAAGCUGAAAAAGCUGAAAUGGUGGAAAAGCAAUGUUUAGAACCGACAACACCGAAAGCAAAUCAAUCAGAGUACAAUGAAUAUGCUGCUGAGGUAAAUGGAAAUCAACUCAUUGUUCGAAUUCACAAAGGAAAAUCUUAUCUCGUGACACGCGUGUUUGACGAAAACAUGGAUCAAAAAGGAAAUGAAAUCAACCGUGAUGCGAACUUCGUUUCACUUCUCGGAUGCGAUCAACAAAUCGAUUUUAAAUUUCCUGAAAAUUUUUCAUGCGGUGACACAAAACAAAAGUCAAAAUGCGGAUGCAAUUCGAAUGCUAAUUUAACAAAUUUCCAGCAAAAAACGUCGUGUUUAGGGAAAAGUUUUAAGAACUCGCCUUGUCUUCCAGUGAUUCGUGGUAAUUUAAAAUAUCCAGGAAAGUUUGAUGACCCAAUUAACUUUGAUGUUUACGAUAAAAGCAAUCCGCUUGAUGCAACUGAAAAGUAUUCAUCGAAAAGCCAAACAACACGUGCAGUUUGUCUCCAAGUUGACAAAGAUAAUUUGGAUCGAGAAGUCGAAGGGAAAUGCAAGACUCCAUCUGGGAUUGAAGUAUGCAAAAAAGGAUGUUCCGAUCCCAAUGUCGAUGUGUUUGUUUUAAAGCUUGGCCAAAAAAAUAAAGACAAGAAUGGCCAUCGAAGUGAAAUCGAACUUGAAAUGAGAACUCCAAAGGCGCCAGACGUGGAAAUUAAAAAGAAGGAAACUCGUGAAGUUCAAGUUGAAGAGACAGAUUUUGAAAAUGCUUGUAAAAAGAAAACUUCUGACGGUAGCAAGAACACUUCAAAAAAUGCUCCAAAAGGCUUUUCUAAGAGAAAAUGA